GAACGCCUUUUUCAUGCGCUGGUGUACAUGGUGGCGUCAGGAUUCGAGUUUGAUGGGAGUUCGGUGUGUCGAGGGUGUGUCGUGUGUUUACACUUCCCGCAAACUUCGCUCUCGACAGAUUUCUAACAGGGACCAACAGUCAUCUAGCUGUGAUACUGGAUUUAAUUUAUGUGAGAAGGAAAAAAAUGCAAGCAAUAUCUCCCACGUACUCAAGUCUGAGUUUUUUCCCAAACAUCGGAUAUUAAUCGUAAGUCAAGACAGUUCCACGUUGCUAGUGGAAAGAAAGUUAUUUCGCUGGUAAGACAAAAUUUCAAAGGAUCGCGGCGAGGAGAAGUGUACCUGAACUGCACAUGUGCGUCAAAAUCAUGGGGACUAAAGCCAUAACAUUCCGAUUACAGGUUGGCCCUCGGCUAGGUCGACGAACAACAUCUUGAGCUGGACGUUGGAACAUCAGAGAAGUUCCUGACCCUCCUGGGGGAUCAGGUGAACCUUUACACCACCCCUCACCUUUGCCAGCACGUCAUCCUCGGCCGUGCAGCAACCGCCACGAUGCGGCAGCGUCGGCGGGGGUCAGUAUGGUGAUGCAACUGGCACGGCGACGGUUGGGAUGCAGACGACGCGAACUGGCAGCGAUGACCAGCAUCAGCUGCCUCCUCUUCCUGGCUCUCUACACGGUCGGUCUCACCUGGUGCAUGGCGCUCCCACAGUGGCUGCCCAACGACAUCGCCGUCAUCGCAGCUGAUGGAGAUGUCAACGCUGGCGACUUGUCACUCGGUGCUGUCCGGAAGCUGCAGCACGAUGCGGCGCGGACAGGUGCACAACGGUGAUGGAGGAGAGGGCGGGGUGGGCGCACGUGGGUCGUCGUUAUUGUCGCCGCAGGUCGAUCCUCACGCCGUGCCCAGACACUUACGGACUUUGCAGUCCUCUCGCACCAGGGACGGGUACGAUACGGGUAUUCAGGGUGGCUCACUGUCCAGCAGCGACGGGGACCAUCCGCAGCAACAAGACAUUCAGGCCAAGCUGUUGCUACAGAAUCAGCUUGAGCAGCAACAUCCCCAACAACCACAACGACCUCAAGGCGGGACUUCCAGCGAAGUAUCCGCCAUCUACCUCGACGACGAAACCAACGAGGAAAGUGAAGAAGGGUGGGCCUCCCCCACGGGCCAGGAGUACCUGGAUGGCCCCGGGGUAGGGGGAGCCGCGUACGAGAAAGACAACGUCAGUCUCUCGAUGAUGCUGGACAGGCGCCUACCCAGGGCUAUUAUUAUCGUGAAAAAAGCGGGUACCCGCGCGCUUCUGGAGUUUCUCAGGAUUCACCCGGAUGUCCGAGCCCCUGGACCAGAGCCGCACUUCUUCGACAAGAAUUACAAUCGUGGAUUAGACUGGUACAGGACCCUCAUGCCGCGGUCGCUGGAAGGUCAGCUGACGAUGGAGAAGACCCCCGGCUACUUCAUCACGCGCGAGGUGCCCAAGCGGGUGCACAACAUGUCACGUGACGUCAAGCUGCUGGUGGUGGUGCGCGACCCCAUCACGAGGGCCAUCUCGGACUACACGCAGACGCACAGCAAGUGGGCCGGCAGGCUCAAGUCCUUCGAGAACAUGGCGCUGCUGGACCACCGCCUGGGCAUCGUCAACACCUCGUGGGGCGCCAUCCGCAUCGGUCUGUACACCAAGCAUCUGGAGCGGUGGUUCAAAUACUUCCCCCGCCACCAGUUCCACUUCGUCAGCGGCGAGCAGCUCGUGGCUGACCCUGCGGGGGUCAUGGCGGACGUGCAGAACUUCCUGGGCCUCAAGCCGUACAUCGGAGAGAAGCACUUUUACCUCAACGCUACCAGGGGCUUCCCCUGCUUGGUGAAGGACCCUGCCGCCAACAGCAGGCCGCACUGUUUAGGGAAGACUAAGGGUAGGAAGCACCCCGUUGUGGACUCUCGUGUGAUUGACAGGCUGCGAGACUUCUACAGGCCGUUCAACGCCAAGUUCUAUCAAAUGGUGGGGCGGGAUUUCGGGUGGUCAUAGCACUGGACGAGUCGGAUACCCUGCCCGCCCUUGUGGUCGGCCUCGAUCUUGCCACUGUGUGUGUGCGCGUGCGUGCGCUUGUGUGUUGUGUGUGUGUGUCUGGCAGUACCUCUGGCCGUAGCCCUUUAUCUCGGCGACAGAUCUGUGAGUGUGGAUACGAAGCUUGCAUUCAGUACCCAAGCUGACCUGAAGGACAAGUGACGAUGAUUGCUCCUGUGUGUGCCCCGCUGACUGGGGCCCUCGACACCGAGCGGGCAACAAAACACAUCCGAUAUAAACUGCUGAGUGAAGGGCAUGGUACGUUGGCUGUGUAUAUUCCUCAACAUCAUCCCAACAUGGCUGGGAGCCACACGUGUAUAAAUUAACCGUGUUUAAAAAAGUUUUGAAUAUCCUGUAACAUAUACGUAUAUGUACAUACAAUCACAUAUUAUUACAGUACAGAUAGCAUUAUACAGUGAGUAUGGCAGUUGUGCGGAAGGGACUUUAUUGUGAUGGAUAUACUAAUAUGUGUGAAGGCCCUGUGACCCAGCUGUGUGUUGUCUGUCUGUUUGGUCUUUAUUCUUCAAACCCUCCUCCUACAGUAGUGAGGGCAUCAGACGAGUGCAAGAUGUCAGUCAGUUGUGAAAUCUCCUCCAAGCUGACACCGGAGGACAAACCACAGAUAACAACUAAGUCACUGACGAGAAGUCUGGUUAGUCCCAUAACUACUGAACCUUGACUGGCUGUCAACGAUUUCAGGAUGCAAGUGAUAUUCCUGUCGAGCUCUGUGGAUUGUGCUUGUCUAACCACACAAAAGCCUUCAUUUGCUCAAAGACAGUUUCGUUCGGUAUUGUCUGGUUUGUGUGUGUGGUAUGUUGUUAGUCACGACUUUGAACUCUGUCAUCCCUGUGUUCACCUCUGAUCCUUAACCUAAAAUAUUAAUUCUUUGCUUUAGGAUCCCCUUUAACACGUAUAUAGAAAUUAUACUAAUGUCAGAUUUAAAGCUGACGGGAUAGAUGCAAUCGUUGAGUUACGAAGAAUAAGUUGUUGUUGAUGAUGAUGAUGAUGAUGAUGAUGAUGAUGAUGAUGAUGAUGAUGAUGAUGAUGAUGAUUGGAGUGGUUAGGGGCGGGGACUUGCAAGAGAUCCGAGUAGAAGCGCAGUUAGCGGGGUGGCUGACAACAAACAAGAGGAAAGGGGUAUCUGAUGGCGGACCUCAGAGGUCCAGGUGUGACGGUAGCGCUUGUUGAAGGAUUAGCUUGUUGAUCAUCACAUUAUCGGCUUUCGUCUCGGUGUGUCCGCGCUCCACAGUUUGUGUGGCUUUAGCUUCCCUGUCGCCGCCGUCAACUAAGCCCUCGCUCCAAACCCUCGUUUCCAGGGGUAGACAAUAGGAACAAGAUUUUGCUAAGGGAAACCACCUGUUACCGGACACCCGAAAAGCAGCCCCAGUAUUGAGAAGAUAGAGCAGAAGCUUCCUACCCUUUUCAAGCUAAAAAUAAUAACAAUAAAAAACGAAAUUGCCGAUAAACGUUUUAUUUGACUUGAAAGGAGAAAGCCCCCCACAAACUGUCAAACAGGAGAUUGCUUAAAAAGCUUUAAAGAGAAUGACCCAUCUGAAUGAUCUUCCCUGAGAUCCACGUGAUAGCAGGUGCUGACAUCUGGUGAUAGCGGCGAGAUCACUUGAUAGCAUCUACUGGCAGUCGGGUGGUAGUGAGUCGUGAGUGCUAUUCACCUGCCGCUGGUGGUUCCAAAGCCGCGACCUCUGUGAGCCGUGAACAAUCACGUAGUCGGAAGUCAGGCAGCUUCACGUCCUAGCACCGUGACGCGUGUCUGCGCGCGCACCACACGUACAGCCCCCGUUAAUCCCACAUAAUCCCGCGCCACAGUCCGUGGCCUGAGCGGGGGACACCCAAGAACAGGUACCCGGCUCCGGUUUGUUUUUCUUUCCUUGGCGUCGCCGGGCUUAGCUUUGAGCGCAGCGCUAAACACGCGGAGCUUUGCCCUCGUCUGUGGGUUCGGAUCCCACUUCAGCUCCAACGUCGUACAACGUGACCGCAGCUCUGUUCUGGAUCACCAUUGACAUGGUCGCUCAACUUGUCAACCACCCCGACUUUAUUUAGAAAUGUUUGAACCAGUUUGCGUAUUAACUUGGAUGGAAAUCAAUCAAUCUUCACAGUCAAGACCAUAAUCUCUGGCCCUUAAAGCACGGAUGUUUAGAUACUGGGAGUAUUAAAUGAGUUAAAAGAAAAAUGCUUGAUGAUCAGACAUUUUGUAAUAAGGUCAUCAGAGGCCAGAUCAUGAGGUCUUUCUUGAGACAAGGACCUCGUCCCAUCUUCCGCUAACAUCAACCGAAUUUUCUCGAUUCCGCAAUGGAGCGAUGUGCGCGAGCGCUGCACGUGUUGAAAAAAUACCAAACCGUAGGCGGUGCAAUAAUUUUUUUUUAAAGAGGCAAAAUCAUCGUUUGCUUCCUGCCCUGGCGGCAAUUUUGUAACAUCGUGCCUCAAACUGCCCAUUAAUGCUUCGUCAACACGAGCAGCAAGGUGUCGAGCGUUGAUUACAGCGCCCCCUGACGACAGGCGCGGCUAUCAGGCGCGUGCUUCUUAUGCUGGCCGCCAAUAGACUUCUGUUCUGACGAGAACCAUUGAGAUAAAGUAAUUUCUGUAAUGACUAUCCGUGACAAAUUGUAUUCAUAAAUAGUUGUUAAUGUUGGGUUAGUAAAUGGCGUUUCAUAUUUUUCUUUUUUGCUGAAAUAAUUUGACGGGAAUGUAUUUUUUAAGAAAGUUUUUGUAAAAGGAAGAAAUAAUUUAUUCAUACACUAAGCCCAGGGACGGACACUUCCUGAUGUUAGCAUUGUGUGAUUAUAUAACAUCCGACUACCUUAGAUAUAUUUCCGGCAGAUCAAGUCCACAAGAGAGUGGAUACAGCAGGUCGGUCACAGUUCAACCACUUGUAAACAAUCAAUGACGACCAUAAAAAGUCUCCUUGUUUUGGUUGCCUCCGACUUUGUUUGCUGCUUUGUUCAACUUCAACAUUUAUGUUGGGCUGUAUAAGAAAUAUUAAUUCCUUUUCCACACAUACAUGUUUUUGUAAGACCUGUUCAGCAUUUAAUUAAAGGUCAUCUUGAACCAAAUAUGAUAUUAAGCUCAAGGUGAUGACAUAUUAAUAAAGUAAGGUGCUUUCAAUAGUUUACAAAAUUUUUAAUGUGAUUUUUUUUCAUCCUCAAAGACAGUAUUCGCUGAUGCUGCUAAGACUUUGCGUACUUUAGAAAUGUCACGAAAAUGGAGUUUUUUUCCCUCCUCCAAAACAGAUGAGAAUCUCGUUCGUGCAGGCAACCGAUGUAUUUGUCAGAGUUGGGGAACAAGUAUUGGUGAAACGAAACUGAUGUCAGUCAUCUGAGAGGAACUUUGUUCUUGGGUUAGUCUUUAAAAAGCCUUGGAACUCGCUUAAUGUAGACACGAACUCACGCGCACUCUCGCCUGGUGGAGUCCAAGUCUCGCGCACGAGAGCGUGAAGCGCGAUGUCCCAGGAGGACGCAGCCACAGCCCAUGAACCGUCGACAAGAUGGCUACCCCAGGAUGCUCCUCGCCAUCAACAUAUUGUCUCUGCCGCCUGAUUGGUGUGUUUGCUACCGGUCGCUGCUCAAUGGCGCUGCCUCGCUGGAGGUCAAACACUUUUAAACACAAGCCACGCAGCCCGAGGCGCUGGUCCCCCCCUGGACACCUCAUUUACACUUUCCGCACCUUCACUUCCGGAGUAAUUACCCAGCAGCCCUUCUCGGCGUGAUACUUCCUGUCGAGUACGCGGUAAGCCGAGCGCAGUUCACUCCGGCGGUAGGUGCAGGCUGAACAGCGGAGAUAAUUUCACUUUCCGUCGAUCUUUGCUGACCUUUUGUGUAAGAGAGCAGCUGGCUGAAGUAGUCUUUGACAGUUUUGGAGGAUCUGAGAUAUUUGUUUACAAAUAAUGUUAUAGUCAAUAAUUUUCGCUUGCUUUUUCUUUUUUCACACAUGGAAUAAAAUAUUUAAUUUUAAUUAUAAGCAAAAAUAUUACAGGGACUCGUAGUAUUUUAGAAAUGCUGCACACUACUCAUCUCUCCCCUCAUCGUUGUGCCUUGUUAUUUACAUAGAGAGGAUGUUUAUUCGAACUCUGACAGGAAAAGUAGUUGUGUGUGUGUGUGAAUGAGAGAGAGAGAGGGGAGAGUCAGUGAAAUUAUUUUAUCAUUGUGAGCUGGUAGAAUAAACAUACAAUACUUGUUACACUUGUUCCCCAUCGGAAUUACACAUUGAAAAUAUACUGAAGGACUUAAGGUAAAAUUGGGAAAUUUUUUUUUAAUCGUCGUCGUCAUCAUCAUCAUCUGAACAUAAGGCAAAGCAGUAAAAUCAGAUAGAAAUGUAAAGCAUAAAACAUUUCGUUCGUGAUGACAAAUUAAUAAUAUUACUAUUAAUCAUUAGGUUAAUAAUAAUACAGGUUUGUUUAGAACUCAAAGUAUUUUCUAGAUAACUGUAGAAUCGAUCCCAAUGAAUCACUUCUUCAUAGAUGAGGGUCAAAGGGUGCUCUUCACCAGCCGCAGGUUUUAUCUGUGAUUUCUACAUUUCCUGUGUUUGUGUGUGUGCGCACUUGUUAAUGUGUAUGCAUGCAUGCAAACUUGUGUGUGUGUGACCGUGCGCAUGCGCGAUAAACUGUUGUCACUGACGAGACUAGUUAACGCUGACAUAAUUAUUAUCACGUGAGUUCCCAUAAUAUUUUAUGAAAUUAAUAUGAAUCGUAAAAGCACUCAUUUCCACACUCAAUAUUCACGGACCAUUUCCAUUCACGCCGUUGCUAACUGACGAACGUUCACUUGUGUUUGUUCACUUACGAUAUCGUUCACUGUGGACAGUGUUCACUGAGCAAGCGGAGGUAAACUGUUUCUUCCCGCCCACGUGCUCCCCAUGCUGUCUGCAGCAUCUGUUGCACGUGCUGAAUGUUGGGGGAAACCAUUUGUUGACCAAGUGUAGAUGAUGUGGCUUCCACAUCCGCCAUGUCUCACUGAUUGGCUGGGUGGACACCCAGGGUGAUGAACAUGUUCUUGUCACAUUGUGAUUAUUAAAGAUAUUUUAUGGAGAAACAA